AAACCUCUUUCUCCUCCUUUCAUUAUUAGUGGAUCAUUACUGCUUCCCUCCCCCUUCCUUUCCCUUCAUAUAUACCAUCUUUUCCUUUCAAGUGUUUACAAACAACAAAACCAGCCCUCUCUACAAGCCUCAUUCUCAUGGCUAACCACCAUCGCACCACAAUCUUCCUUGUUCUUUUCUUCCUUUCUUCUUGCCAAUCCAUAAUAACCAACCAAUCCCAGUUCUUCACUCUAAUGAAACAAACUCUCUCCGGUCCCCGUUUGUCCGAUUGGGAUGAUCAGACAGAAACAAAACAUUUCUGCAAUUUCACGGGUAUCAGUUGCAACGAAAAAGGAAACGUUAUCCAGAUCGAUAUAAGCGGAUGGUCACUUUCCGGAACCUUCCCCGAUUUCGUAUGCUCUUACUUACCAGAGUUACAAAUUCUUCGACUCGGAAACAACAAGAUCCAGAAAAAAUUUCCUGUCGGUAUCGAAAACUGCUCUCGUCUAGAGGAGCUAGACGUGAACCAUCUGCUUCUAACUGGACCCUUGCCAGAACUUCCUCGGUUGAAGUCUCUAAGGUUACUCGACUUAUCCUACAAUUCAUUCUCUGGGGAUUUCCCUAUGUCGAUAACAGAAUUAACUAAUCUCGAGUCGCUGAACCUCAAUGAAAAUGGAAACCUCAAUCUAUGGAAACUUCCGGAGAGCUUGUCCAACCUCACGAAGCUGAAUACAUUGGUUUUGAUGACAUGCAUGUUACAUGGUAAUAUCCCGAAAUGGAUUGGAAACAUGACUUCCCUCGUGGAUCUUGAAUUGAGUGGGAAUUACCUCGUGGGGAGAAUUCCAUCCGAGCUCGGUUUGUUGAAGAAGUUAGAACAGUUAGAGAUUUACUAUAAUCAGCUCGAGGGUCCUAUACCUUAUGAGCUAGGGAAUUUGACAGAGCUGACAGAUUUCGACAUGUCGGUUAACAAGUUGAGCGGAAAACUACCAGAAUCACUAUCAUAUCUUCCUAAUUUGAAAGUCCUUCAGCUUUACAAUAACAGCUUAACUGGAGAAAUCCCUAUCGGUUUCGAGAACUCCACGACAUUAACGAUGCUUUCGCUCUAUGAUAAUCUUCUAACCGGGGAAGUUCCACGAGGCCUCGGGAGUGUGUCUCCUUUGGUUGUUUUCGAUGUGUCGGAAAAUCAGUUAUCGGGGAAGCUGCCUACACGAUUGUGCGAUGGAGGUAAGCUUCUUUACUUUCUAGUAUUGGAAAAUAUGUUUGAUGGAGAGAUUCCAGAAAAGUAUUCGAGAUGUGAGUCUCUUUUGCGGUUUAGGGUUAGUCAUAAUCGUUUAGAAGGGUCGAUACCAACUGGGAUUCUCGGUCUUCCCCAUGUUUCCAUUCUUGAUUUGAGUUACAACAAGUUUAAUGGUACGAUUGGAGAGACUAUUGGUGGUGCUAAGAAUUUGUCUGAACUGUUCAUUGAAAACAACAGUCUUUCGGGUCCUAUACCUUCAGAGAUCUCGAGAGCAGCAAACUUGGUGAAGAUUGACCUCAGCAAUAACCUCUUGUCCGGUCCUAUACCUUCGGAAAUAGGCAAUUUGAGAAAGCUAAACUCGCUCAUGGUUCAAGGUAACAAAUUGAGCUAUUCAAUCCCUGAAUCACUUUCUUCUCUGAAAUCUCUCAAUAUUCUAGAUCUUUCUGACAAUCUUUUUACUGGGGAUAUCCCCGGAUGUCUGGGUGAAUUGUUGCCAAACUCGAUGAACUUUUCACAUAAUCAGCUUUCUGGACCAAUUCCUCCUGCAUUCAUAAAGGGGGGAUUAAUCGAAAGUUUCUCAGGAAACCCGGGCCUUUGUGUACCAGAUUUCGAUUCGACUGCUUCACAUAGAAAUUUCCCUGUGUGUUCACAGCCAUACAGAUACAACCGGAGAAAAGUAAACUGUGAUUGGUUCAUUGGAAUAUCUGUAGGAAUGGUUAUAAUUGGAAUUGUUCUGUUCCUAAAACGUAGGUUUACCAAACAUGACAAUACCUCAUCUUCGCCGUUCUUUUCAUAUGAUGUGAAGAGCUUCCAUCGAGUAAGCUUUGAUCAACGUGAGAUCGUUCAAGCUAUGGUUGAAAAGAACAUAGUGGGUCAGGGUGGAUCCGGGACGGUUUACAGAAUCGGUUUGACAAAUGGAGAUGUUGUAGCUGUGAAGAGACUGUGGAGUCGAAGAGCGAAAGAUUCAACUGCAGAAGAUCGAGUUUUCUUGGCGAAAGAAUUGAAAAACGAAGUGGAGACUCUAGGAAGCAUAAGGCAUAAUAAUAUAGUUAAACUGUAUUGCUGUUUCUCGGGUUUGGAUUGCAGCUUAUUAGUUUAUGAAUACAUGCCAAACGGAAACCUAUGGGAUGCGCUUCACAAAGGAAAAACCAAUUUAGAUUGGCCAAUCCGACAUCAGAUCGCGGUCGGGAUUGCUCAGGGAGUUGCUUAUCUUCACCAUGAUCUUUUGCCACCAAUAAUCCAUAGAGAUAUUAAGACCACUAACAUUCUACUGGAUGUUAAUUAUCAGCCAAAAGUUGCAGACUUUGGAAUUGCCAAAGUCCUGCAAGCCAGAGGGAGAGAUUCAACAACAACUGUCAUUGCAGGAACCUACGGCUACUUAGCUCCAGAAUACGCAUAUUCGUCGAAGGCAACAACCAGGUGUGAUGUCUACAGUUUUGGGGUGGUAUUAAUGGAGCUAAUAACGGGGAAAAGACCAGUGGAGGCAGAAUUUGGAGAAAAUAAGAAUAUAGUCUAUUGGGCUUCAACCAAAGUGGUGACCAAGGAAGGAGCUAUUGACAUUUUAGAUAAACGACUAUCUGAAAUGUACAAAGAUGACAUGAUUAAGGCGCUACGAGUUGCAAUUCGUUGUACGUGCAAGACACCUGCCCUUCGCCCAACUAUGGGCGAAGUGGUUCAACUAUUGAUGGAAGCUGAUCCUUGCAAAUUUGGAUCCUGCAAACCAUAUGACUUAUAAUUUGAGGAAGGUGUAAGCUCUGAAUUACCUAUUGAGAAACUGAUGAUGAUAAGAGAAAGGACUAGUACUUGAGAUUAGAUUUCCUAUUUCUUUUCCUUUUUGGACUACCCAUAUUGUAAGUAUUUGAGGAUGUUCACUAUAACUACUUUAAUGCAAGGGAUAGCUUUUGGUUUUCUUA